UUAAAAAGCAUUGAAUGUAUUGAAUGCUUUGUGCGCUCAUUAAACACGUGUUGUAAUUGUAUUGUGAGAGCCAUUGAACUACAAUUAUAUUACAUUUGAAUUCAUUUGUUUUAGUCAUUGAAGUCAUCAAUUGGUUUGAUUUUGUCCAUCACUUUGAUUGAUCCAAACCAUUAUCCUUCACCACAUCUGACAUUCAUAUAUUGAUUUAUAUAACAAACGAAAUACUUUUUGUUUUUGCAAAAGAUGUCAGAAAUCAAUGAAAUCGAUAUGAUUGAGACGUCGGGUCGAGAUAGCAGUGAUGUGGGCGUUGGUCACCACCACGUGGACGACGAUGUGAUAGAAGUGACGCCAUUCGGCAAAGUCAACCAUCACGGAGAUGACGGCAACUCAGUGGUCAACAAAUCGACAAUAUCGGACACAUCGAGUCAAUUGUCAACGAAAUCGGGUCCCAAUUUGUGUGACAGAUGCAAACAAGAGGUCCAAUUGAAUGGCAUCGCCACCGAAGAUAUGACGUCCAAAGACUACUAUUUUGAUUCAUACGCUCAUUACGGCAUUCAUGAAGAAAUGCUUAAGGAUGAAGUCCGGACACUUACCUACAGAAACGCUAUGAUUCACAAUAAACAUCUGUUUAAGAAUAAGGUUGUCCUCGACAUCGGCUGCGGUACCGGUAUUCUCAGUAUGUUUGCCGCAAAAACAGGCGCUAAACAUGUGAUUGGGAUUGAAUGCAGUGGUAUUGCAAAUCUGGCCGAACAAGUGAUUAAAGAUAAUAAUUUGUCGCACAAAAUCACAUUAAUUAAGGGCAAAGUUGAAGAGAUUACUUUGCCGGCAGAGUAUCCUAAAGUAGACAUUAUUAUCUCUGAAUGGAUGGGCUAUUGUCUCUUCUAUGAGUCUAUGUUGGACACUGUCAUAUAUGCUAGAGAUAAAUGGCUGAAUCCCGAUGGACUACUGUUUCCCGAUAGGGCUACUCUUUAUAUCUGUGCCAUUGAGGACAGACAGUACAAAGAUGACAAAAUUAAUUGGUGGGACGAUGUCUAUGGUUUUGAUAUGAGUUGCAUCAGAAAGAUUGCAAUCUCCGAGCCGUUGGUCGAUGUUGUCGACGCCAAACAAGUGGUUUCAACCCAUUGUCUGCUCAAAGAAGUAGACUUAUAUACAGUCAAACCAGAAGAUCUGACCUUCAAAACAAACUUUCAUAUGAAUGUGAAAAGAGAUGAUUACAUCCAGGCUUUUGUCACAUAUUUUAAUAUUGAAUUUUCCAAAUGUCACAAACGAACCGGAUUUUCGACUUCGCCUGAAUCUAAUUAUACUCAUUGGAAACAAACUGUCUUUUAUAUUGACGACUGUUUGACUGUCAAACGCGGCGAAGAAGUUCACGGAAGCUUUCAAAUGACUCCAAACCCUAAGAAUAAGAGAGAUAUGGAUUUCGAAAUAUUUGUCAACUUUAAGGGCGAAUUGUCUGAACUACAGGAGCCGUUUGCAUAUAAAAUGCGUUGAAAUGUUUAAUUUAAUACUAGGUUUUAAAAAAUUUGAUCAACAUUUUAGAUCAAUGGCUAUCAUAUAAUGCCAUUAUUCAAUUAUAUUCAAUUGGAUUUAUAUUUUUAAUUUAAUUUAUAACUUAAAUUUUUGACACUCCGUUUACUCAAUUAUUAAUAAAUAUAAAUUGCAGUUAAUAUUGUUUAUUGAUAGAUACAGUAUUGUUGACAACAUUUUUUUUUAUAUA